CAGGCUGGUCUCGAACUCCUGGACUCAAGUGAUCCAUCCUCCUCAGCCUCCCAAAACACUGGAAUUAUAGGUGUAAACCAGUGUGCCUGGCCUUAAUGUUCUGAUAUAAUACUUAGAAUGUAGGAUACCCUCAAUAAAUAUUUUUGAGUGAAUCUUUGGGAAGAAUGAAGAUGAGGUUUAAGGGGAAAGGCAGCUGAGCUCUCUCAUUCCUCUGCCUUUGAAUUAAAUCACUGAAUUCAACACUACUGUGAGGAGGUGGAAAAGGACUAGGAACAUUGUGGAAUGAGUCAAAGUUUGAAAUGUCACUCUAACCUUCUCUUCUGGUAGGACUCAACAGUAGCCUUCCUUGAGGACCUGCCUUUCCCAUUUGCUGCCUGAAGUUAAUGUUUCUUGCUGGCCAAAUCAGGGACAUACAGGCAUUGUAAGGGCUGAUUAUCUGAUCCUCUUACUAAUUUACUGGUUGGGGUGGGGUGAGCAGGGAGGAAAAGGGAUACCUUGGUUUUUCUUUUAUGGCUCUUUUAGCAUCUCAAGUCAUAGCCCAUAUGCCUCCUUUCUUGUUGAUCCUUCUUCCUAUAGCUUUGUUUUGUUUCCCCUUAUAGUUCCCUCUUAUGCUUUUCAUCUCCAUCCCCAUCCCCACCCACUGCCAGGGGGCUUGGGUUCUGAGCUGAUGGGGUACCCCCCUCUGCAGAGCGGGAUGAGUGGGUGUUCCGGCAGGGAUGUGGUCAUUGACGGCCAGUGAGGGCGAGAGUACCACUGCCCACUUCUUCCUUGGAGCUGGAGAUGAGGGGCUGGGCACCCGUGGAAUAGGCAUGAGGCCAGAAGAGAGUGACAGCGAGCUCCUUGAGGACGAGGAGGAUGAAGUGGUAAGAAUGGGGAAAAUGAUAAGGAGCUCAGUGGCAGCUAGUCGCUUUAAUAUGUCUUUCUGUCUCUCUUGCUCUUUUCUCGUUCUCUUUCUCUCCCUUUCUUUUGUCUCUUUAUUUUGUGUCUCCAUUCCAGGCUUCCCUCUGGACAAAGCUGUUGCUUACUCCAAGCUUCGAAACCCCUUUCUUAUCAAUGAUCUGGCCAUGCAGUAUUACAUCCAAGAUAGGAGGGAGGUGUACCGGAUCCUGCAGGAAGAGGGUAUUGAUCUGCCUCGAUAUGCUGUGCUCAACCGUGAUCCUGCCCGGCCUGAUGAAUGCAACCUGAUAGAAGGUGAAGACCAAGUAGAGGUCAAUGGAGCUGUCUUUCCCAAGCCCUUUGUGGAGAAGCCAGUGAGUGCAGAAGACCACAAUGUUUACAUCUACUACCCCAGCUCAGCUGGAGGAGGAAGCCAGCGUCUCUUUCGUAAGAUUGGCAGCCGAAGCAGUGUUUACUCUCCUGAGAGCAGCGUCCGAAAGACGGGGUCGUACAUCUAUGAGGAAUUUAUGCCAACAGAUGGCACAGAUGUCAAGGUGUAUACAGUGGGGCCAGAUUAUGCCCAUGCUGAAGCUAGAAAGUCUCCAGCUUUGGAUGGGAAGGUUGAACGAGACAGUGAGGGGAAAGAGAUUCGAUAUCCAGUCAUGCUGACUGCCAUGGAAAAGCUGGUGGCCAGGAAAGUCUGCGUAGCUUUCAAGCAAACAGUUUGUGGGUUUGACCUUCUUCGUGCCAAUGGUCAUUCCUUUGUGUGUGAUGUCAAUGGUUUUAGUUUUGUCAAGAACUCGAUGAAAUACUAUGAUGACUGUGCCAAGAUUCUGGGGAAUACCAUAAUGCGGGAGCUUGCCCCACAGUUCCAGAUUCCAUGGUCCAUCCCCACAGAGGCUGAGGACAUUCCCAUUGUUCCUACUACAUCUGGCACUAUGUAAAAAAGUAAAAGGUCUGGAGUAACCUACUUAAGACCCAUGGGACUCCUUCAGCCAGGCUACUGGUUACUNNNUGAAAAACAUGGUGGCUACAAGACAGGGAAAUUAAAACUCAAGCGACCUGAGCAGCUCCAGGAGGUGCUGGAUAUCACAAGGCUGUUGUUGGCUGAACUGGAGAAAGAACCAGGUGGUGAGAUCGAAGAGAAGACUGGAAAACUAGAGCAGCUGAAGUCCGUAUUGGAGAUGUAUGGUCACUUCUCAGGUAUAAACCGGAAGGUACAAUUGACUUACUACCCUCAUGGAGUAAAAGCGUCUAAUGAGGGGCAAGAUCCACAGAGUGAGGCUCUGGCCCCAUCCCUGUUGCUGGUGCUGAAGUGGAAAGGAGAACUGACUCUAGCUGGCCCUGUUCAGACUGAGAAGCUGGGGCGAGCUUUUCGCUGCAUGUACCCUGGAGGACAGGGUGACUAUGCUGGCUUCCCUGGUUGUGGACUGCUUCGUCUCCAUAGCACUUUCCGCCACGACCUCAAGAUCUAUGCCUCUGAUGAGGGUCGUGUUCAGAUGACUGCUGCUGCCUUCGCCAAGGGCCUUCUGGCUGUAGAAGAGGAGCUGACACUCAUUUUAGUGUAAAUGGUGAAGAGUGCCAACAUGAAUGGGCUACUGGACAGCGAUGGGGAUUCCUUGAGCAGCUGCCAGCACCGGGUGAAGGCUCAGCUGCACCAUAUUUUACAGCAGGAUGCGCCCUUUGGCCCUGAGGACUACGACCAGCUGGCUCCCACCAGAAGUAUUUCCCUGCUCAACUCCAUGACUAUCAUCCAGAAUCCUGUGAAGGUCUGUGAUCAGGUAUUUGCCCUGAUCGAAAACCUCACCCACCAGAUCCGGGAACGAAUGCAGGACCCCAGGUCUGUAGACCUGCAGCUCUACCACAGUGAGACACUAGAGCUAAUGCUACAGCGUUGGAGCAAGCUGGAGCGUGACUUUCGACAGAAGAGUGGGCGCUAUGAUAUCAGUAAGAUCCCUGACAUCUAUGACUGUGUCAAGUAUGAUGUGCAGCACAAUGGGAGUCUGGGACUUCAAGGCACAGCCGAGUUGCUCCGUCUCUCUAAGGCAAUGGCUGAUGUGGUCAUUCCCCAGGAGUACGGGAUCAGCCAGGAGGAGAAACUGGAAAUUGCUGUGGGCUUCUGUCUUCCACUGUUGCGGAAGAUACUGCUUGACCUGCAGAGAACCCACGAGGAUGAGUCUGUCAACAAGCUGCAUCCCCUGUACUCCCGAGGCGUGCUCUCCCCAGGUCGCCACGUUCGAACGCGUCUCUAUUUCACCAGUGAGAGCCACGUCCACUCCCUACUCAGUGUCUUCCGUUAUGGAGGACUUCUUGAUGAGACCCAGGAUGCACAAUGGCAGCGAGCUUUGGAUUAUCUUAGUGCCAUCUCAGAGCUUAACUAUAUGACCCAGAUUGUCAUCAUGCUUUAUGAGGACAACACACAGGAUCCCUUAUCAGAGGAACGGUUCCAUGUGGAGCUACACUUCAGCCCUGGAGUGAAAGGUGGUGAGGAAGAAGGCAGUGCCCCAACUGGCUGUGGAUUCCGUCCAGCCUCUUCUGAGAAUGAGGAAAUGAAAACCAACCAAGGCAGUAUGGAGAACCUGUGUCCAGGAAAGGCAUCAGAUGAGCCAGACCGGGCAUUGCAGACUUCACCCCAGCCUCCUGAGGGCCCUGGCCUCCCGAGGAGAUCACCCCUCAUUCGUAACCGAAAAGCUGGUUCCAUGGAGGUACUUUCUGAGACUUCAUCCUCAAGGCCUGGUGGCUACCGGCUCUUUUCAUCUUCACGGCCACCCACAGAAAUGAAGCAGAGUGGCUUAGGCUCACAGUGCACAGGGCUGUUCAGCACCACAGUGCUGGGUGGCUCCUCCAGCGCCCCGAAUCUUCAGGACUACGCCCACAGCCAUGGCAAAGAGCUACCACCUGCCAGUCUGAAGCACCGAGAUGAGCUCUUGUUUGUCCCGGCCGUAAAACGAUUUUCUGUGUCGUUUGCAAAGCAUCCGACUAACGGAUUUGAAGGGUGUUCCAUGGUGCCUACCAUCUACCCUCUGGAAACACUGCAUAAUGCCCUUUCCCUACGUCAAGUGAGUGAAUUCUUGAGUAGAGUCUGCCAGCGCCACACUGAUGCCCAGGCACAGGCAUCUGCAGCCCUCUUUGAUUCCAUGCACAGCAGCCAGGCCUUAGAUAACCCAUUUUCUCCACCACGUACUCUUCAUUCACCUCCCCUGCAACUCCAGCAGCGCUCUGAGAAGCCCCCUUGGUACAGCAGUGGCCCUUCUAGCACUGUGUCCAGUGCUGGUCCUUCUUCCCCUACUACAGUAGAUGGUAACUCCCAAUUUGGCUUCAGUGAUCAACCCUCCCUAAAUUCACACGUGACUGAAGAACAUCAAUGCCUUGGGCUGCUCCGGGAGACCCCUGGGAAUGGAGCACAAGAGCUCUCCAUAGAAGGGAAACAAGAGAUUUUUGAACCAAAUCAGUCCCCACAGGUGCCACCUGUGGAAACCAGCCAGCCAUACGAGGAGGUGGCUGAGGAGGUCAGCCAGCCAUGUCAGGAGGUCCCUGACAUCAGUCAGUCAUGCCAGGACAUUUCUGAGGCACUCAGCCAGCCAUGUCAGGAGGUCCCUGACAUCAGCCAGCAAUGCCAGGAGAACCAUGACAAUGGUAACCACACACGCCAGGAGGUCCCUCAGAUCAGCCAGCCAUGCCAGAAGGCCAGCCAACUGUGCCAGAAAGUCUCUGAGGAAGUUUGCCAGCUAUGUCUGGAGAACCCCGAGGAGGUCAGCCAGCCAUGCCAGGGGGUCUCUGUGGAGGCUGGCAAGCUGGUCCAUAGGUCCCACGUAGGGGUUGGUGGCUUGGUCCAGGAAACCCCUGUAGAAGUUGGCAGCCCAGCUGAAGAGAUCCCUGAGGAGGUCAGCCAGCCAUACCAGGAGUUCUCUGUGGAGGUUGGCAGGCUGGCCCAGGAGCCUUCUGCGAUCAGUCUGUUAUCUCAGGGCAUCCCUGAGAUUGAUAAACCAUCCCAAGAGUUCCCUGAGGAGAUUGAUCUGCAGGCCCAGGAAGUCCCUGAGGAGAUAAAUUAGAAGUCCUGGGUGGUCCCUGAGGUGAUCCAUCAGCUGCCUGGAGAGGGUAUUCCUCAAGCCCAGCAUCUAUCUAGUGAUCCAAACCCUCAGAGCCAGUCUCUAGCCCAUGACCAGCACUCACCCCUUCCACCAGCAACAUGUGAUUAAUUUUCUCAUUAGUGGUGUCACACUAUACCAGCCAUUUGAGCCAGCAACCUUUUCUGUUGGCUAACUCACUGGCCAGCUCUCACCAGCAGUGUCUGGGGAAGUAGUUCUCUUGGUAUGAAGCAUACCUGUGCCAGAGCUGUGCUUAAGGAGGAGCCAGUUUUAGGUUCAAAGAAGCCAUUGGCUCUUCACCUAACCAUUAGACUUGAAUAGGAUUUCCUUGGGGUAGGUUGGUCUCUCAUUACCCAGCCUUCUCUGAGCAUCCUAGGAAAUCAUAGACUGUUAAAGGAAAUGCUGCUUCACUGCUGAAGACACCAUCUGGGGACAGCAAAUGCAAAAGAGGGGACUCUAGGGUCUUCACUUUUCUGGGGAAAUAGUCACGACUUCUCAAGGUAUGCUUAGACCAUAUGUGCAUUCGGGGGACUCUUGUCUUUGCCAGCACUCCUCAGGUGAGCCCGGGAUGGCUAUCUGAAAUGUCUGGAAAAUACAGUCCCCUCCCCAAACAUCUGUCAUGGCCACUAAAUCUUUAGACUUGCCUUAUAGAUCUUUCCAUAUCAUCCCCAAGUGCCCCUUCUGCCUCAGUCCUGUUCCUCUGGGCAAUAGCUCUAGGGAAAAGUAGGUAUUAAACUGCUGUACAAAAUUCAAAGCAACUACUUAAAAUGCUCUAGAGGAUUCUUAGCCAGUCUGUGAAACUGGGCCUCCCUCUGUGGUGGGCUGUUUGGCUUAGGAGAUGCUGUAGUAGUAGAGAUAAUCAGGUUCUAUUUUAAGCAAUGAGCAGAGAUCAGUAUUGUACAGAUACAAGCAAAGGUUUAAUAAAUAAAUAUAAAUAUAUAUAUACACAUAUAGAUAUGUGUGUGUGUGUGUGUAUAUAUAUAUAUAUUUCUGUAGUUGUGCCAGGGACAGACUGGCCAAAGACCAAACACUCCAGGGUCCCCAAGAAAUUUGUCCUUAUAUCAUUGUAUCUGAGGGCCAGAUAUGAUUAUGAAGCUUUUUCCAAAGAUCCAGGGAUGGGAAUGGGAGUGGGUAGGAGGGGUAAUACGGUCAUUGGAGUCAGGGGCCGGAACAUUAUGAGUGCUCAAUAAAUAUGAAAUAAUGAGAAUGAU